AUGCCCGAGAGUCUCUAUGACAUGAAAGCAUCUGUAACGGGACAAUUAAAGUAUCGAGGUUGCUUGGAAGAUUACGACCUAUCACUUGAAGUGUGGUUCCGUUGGGCCCGGGAAGAGCUGCAGUUUGCGAAGGAAAUGCGCAGGGCUGCUGCAGAGGGCAAGAUCGUAGUCAAGGAUGCGGAAUAUAUAGGUUUGGCGGGUUUGGUGAUGGAUAGGGCGCAACAUGGACAGGAAGCAAAUGAUGACGGUACGGCGCGUGAUGCUGCGGUCUAUGCGAAUCGAGAUCAGAGAUUGCUUUCUGGGGUAUGA